CCCGCACCCAUCCGUGACCGGCGGUAACUUCCGGCUCGGGAGGACGAGCCUGAUCGGACUCGGGGCAGGCACAAGGGAGGAUGUUGGCGGUGAGCGCCCGCCUCAGGCUCCGAGCGGGGACCUUUCCGUUGGCCUUGCCCUUGGCCCUCUCUCGCGGGGUUGGGGCUCGGGCGGCCAGCGGCGAGGGCCCCUCCUACACCCAGGGCCAGAGCCCCGAGCCGAAGACACGCGAGUAUUUCUACUACAUUAACCAUCAAGGCCAGCUUUUCCUGGAUGAUGCUAAAGUGAAGAAUUUUAUCACCUGCUUCAAAGACCGGCAGUUCCUGGUCUUCUUCUUCUCCCGCCUGAGGAAGAACCAAAGUGGUCGAUAUGAAGAUACUUUUCCCUUUGUCUCAGUUUGUGGCCGUGAACGCAACUUUGUACGCUGUGAUGACCUGCCUGUGGUGUUCACACAUCUGCUGGCAGAUGGCCUAGGGCCAGCUCGCCUCUCCUAUAGUGGAGGGGGUGAGGCCCUGGUUGUACCUUUUGAACCUGCUCGACUGCUGCCCCUCCUCUCCAACGGACGACUCUAUCAUCCGGCGCCCAAACUGACUGGUGGUGUGGGGCUGAUCUGCUCUUCCCUGGCCUUUGAGCUCAGCACCUGCUUCCAGUAUCCACCAGGAGGGGCCGUACUGCCCACCCAUAUCUUGUGGCAAGGCCAGAAAUACCCUCUAACCAUGGACCUUGCAUCCCUAUUUCCUGAAUCCUGUGAGCCCUGAAUCAUUGUCCCCCUUUCUUCACCUGUUGUCUGCCUUUGCUUGCUCUGCCCCAGGGAUGUGGACAUCAAGAAGAUGUCGAUUCAAACUAUAGCAGAUAGUAACCCUCGGGAUAUGACCCUCCUUAAGGCCUGGAGGUUGGUGGUGCUGGGAAGGACAGUGAGAGGAGAGCCUUAGCAAAGAUAGGUUCUGGAGCUCAAGGUUCCUUAACAAGGAUUAAGAGAGAGAGACCUUCUUAUGAUAUGCUUACUGCCUUUUUGUGACUGAGGCUGGUAAAGUUCACUAAUAAACAAGGGAAAGGGGGCAGGGUAGAGUAGAAGA